UACAGUUGAUCACCAAGCAUGACAAGUGCAGUGAUAUGAAAGUAUCACCCAAAUGCAAGAUUGGAUUACAUUUCUACUCGGUGACGACAUUUAUUAUGAACUCUUCAAUUUGGUCUGUGUUAUAACGAGAAGAUGAUGAGAUGAAAAUAAUUUCUUACAACUACCUGCCAACUGAUGGGAUUGGAUGUUGAUGUCCAACAUGUCCACUAUAUCGCUAGAAUUUGACUGCAAGAAAGAUGUUGAUGUGAGUCAGUUGCUGGCCCAAAACAAGAGUCUUACCUCUGAGCUGAAGCAGUGUCAGGCUGACAAGGAAUUUGUGUGGUCAUUAUGGAAACGGCUGCAGGUAUCCAAUCCAGAUGUGACGGAGGCAAUAUCACUUGUCAUUCAGAGGGAGAAGGAGAAGUCAGAGGCCAAAGACCUCAAGGUUCUGGAGAUCCUGCAGAUCAAGGAUGACCGUAUUGAAGAGCUCCAGAACAUUGUAGCCAAACAGUCGCAGGAAAUCAGUGACCUGCUCACUAAGAAGGUCGACCUCCAGGAACAGAGCGGCAGGUUCCAGGCAGAAUGUGACCAGCUCCAAGAUAGACUGUCCACAUCACAGGCCCAGGUGAAGAGUUUGGAGACUAAGGAGCAGAGCAGCGAAGAAAUCCAUCGCCAGACCAUCACCGACACACAGAGAGAAAAGCAUGAGUUCCAGAGGCGGAUCACAGAGCUGUCAACAGAGAUAGAAAUCGUGCGGGCAGAGAAAGCAGACAGUCUGGCCAAGAGGCUGAAUCUGGAGAACAAAAUACGGAAUCUUGACAGAGAAGUCUCAGACAAGGUCACCAAGUUUCAGAGUCUUGUCCAAGAGUUGGAGGAGGCAAACCGAAAGCUCCAGAGGUUUGAGGAGGAUGGCCGGCAACAGCAGAGGGAGAUCACCUACAAGAACACUGAGCUGGAGAAUGUCAGGAAGGAACUGUCUGAUCUGUGGGCCAGCCACAACCAGCUGACAGAACACUCCAGUCAGCAAGCAGAGCUCAUCCGCAGCUGCAGUCUCUACAGCUGGACACUCAGAAGAUGAUGAAGAACCAGGAAGAUGCCUUCUCCAUAGAGUCCACAUCACUACAGCAGAUGUACACAGAUCUCAGUUCCCGCUAUGAGAUCAGCCAG